AUGGGCGACCCGGCUGAGAAGACGUGCCCCGAUGCGUCGCGACGUGGGCUACGCGAUGCGCCAACUCCCCUGGUCCCGCCGCUCACCGAGUUCUGCCAGACGUACAUUGUGAAGAAGCCGCUGGGUCUGCGGAUUACGAAGAAUACGUUUCAGGUGACCCACAUCGAUCCGAAUUCCCCGCUUCGCGGUCUCGUCUUCCUCGGCGACACCCUGUCGGCCCUCAACGGGAAGAAGAUCAAGAAAUACGAGACGAUCGAGCAGAUCCUCGGCGAAAAAGCCGAGCGCGUCAAAAUGGAGUGCCAGCACGGCGGCUUCUCGUGCUCGAAGCUGCUGGCGACGACGAUCGAGCGCGUCCACGUGGGCACCGACUUGGACAAGCCGGCCGGCCGGAUCGUGUCCAGAUACGCGGUGUGGCUCCGCUUCCCCGACGCCGAGAACCACUCGAACAGCCUCGGGCUCACCAUCAAGUACGACUCGCGGGAGCGGCUGAUUGUGGCUGACGUCGAGCCCGGGUCGCUUGGAUCGAUUCAUCUGUCUCCUGGAGAUGUCAUCAAGGAAGUCAACGACCAGCCCGUCUCCUCCAUCACCAUGUUCAUCUUCAACGUCAACAAGAGCUGCGUCACCACGAAGACGGUCAAGUUGACCCUCGAGUGCCUGGCCGGCGGCCAGGAGAUCCACGACGAGGCGCUGGUGGCCGACGACGCGGUGGAUAUUGCCGUGCAGCAUCUCGAAUUCCUGAAGCGCGGCCAGGUGGACAAGGCGCGCCCCGCGCUGCGCACCACAACGCCACAGAUGGGGAAACAUGCUCGUGGG